AUGACUUUAAUAAUUAAUAAAAUUUUAAUUAUUUUCUUAAUUUCUUUAAAAUUUUUAUUAAUAAAUACAGCCCCAAUUAAUUCUGUUUCUAUUUCUUAUAAUGUUUUGGAAUCUAAAAAGGGAAGUAGUAAUGUCCAAAUUGUGAUUAAAAAUAAUGGACAAACCCCAAUAUGUUCUGUUAAAUUCUUUCUUUCUUUGCCACAUGGGUCAGUAACUCAAUCAAACAGAAGUGUCCGUUUACGCGGAGACAAUAAAUACAGAACUCCCAAAGGUGUUAUAAUCCAGCCUGGAAGUUCCUUCGACGAUGCAGGUCUAAUAAUUAAAGGAAAUGGGAUGCCUACUUUGUAUAUUCUAAAUGUUACUGAAUGUAAUUCAAAUAAUAACAAUUAUGAUGAUGAUGAUUGUAGUACAACAACUACAGAGUCCUCAGAUAAAAAUAAAGGAAACGGAAAAAUAAAAACUACAACAGAAAUAAACUCAAAUAAUAAUGAAGUAACAAAAUCUAAUGAUAAAGGGAAAGGCAACGAUGACGAAAUUAAAACUUCAACCAAAUCUUCAGGAAAUGGGGGAAAUAAUAAUAAAGAUACAACAGAUUCUCCUAUUCCUGGAGGAAAAACAUUAACUGUCGAUCCAGACAGAGCUGUCGCAAAAAAUAUGUGUCUUAGUGAAGAGAAUGCUUCUGGAGUAGUUGACUCUUAUUUGGAUACACCUAGGGAUGGAAUAUUUACUUUUUAUGGUGUUGGGGGAGAGGGGGCGUGUGGAAUUGACACUUCUAGUGCUUCUAUUCCAGGAAUGUCUGCAGCAGCUUCUUAUGUACUUUUCGACGCUAAUGCCAAAUGGAUUCCAUCUUGUUUUGAAGACAAACAUGUAGUCAGAAAUGAUAAAAUUUGCAUAAAUAAAUGUGUAAAAAUUGAAUACAAAGGCAAAACCUUAACAGUUCCAAUAAAUAAUGAAUGCCCUGAAUGCCCAGUUAAUCAUGUUGAUUUGUCUAGAAAGGCAUUUGAUUGGUUAGAACCCUUAGACGGGGUUGUUGGAAGAGCAACAAGUUCUACUAUUAUUUUUUUACUUUUUAAAAAAAUAUUUUUAGAUGCUACAAUAACAUACAUAAAAUGUUGA